AUGCGUAGGGAGGAGCGACAGGCCGCGGUGAGGGGAUACAAAGGUAAAAACGGAGGCACGGACACCAGCGCCGCAGCGCUGCUAAAGAGGCAGCGAGGCACGAAGGAUGGACGCGGCAUGGGGGCCGCGGUGCAGCAGCUCCAGACAGGCCAGGGUUUCGCUGGCCGGCACUGGUUGGCACAGGUUGGCACUGGUUGGCACUGGGAGGCACUGGUUGGCGCUGUGCAUGCUCGACGGUGCUGGUUCCGCUGGGCAGGCUGGCUGGUGGGCGAACAGAGUGUCGCUCCCGUUACAGCAGACGGGCGCCACACGAACCAUUGUUUCGAAUCCACGGCUCAACUCCUCCGUGCUGCGCUGCACUGCUCUGCGCCGCUCUGCGCCGCUCUCCGCCGCUCUCCGCCUGUCCUUUCGGCUCCUUCAACCCCCGGCCCGUCAGAGCGUCAGACGCUACAGUGCUACACACCGCGCGCCGCUGCUGCUCGCCCUCCAGCUCCAGCUGCGCGUGUAACGCUGCCAUGA